AUGAACCACGGAUUGCCUUCGCAUCUUACUGACGAAGUUCUGAGCAGCACAUCCGUCACGACCGAGGUGGAUCUCAACACCGUCGGCCGACUAUACCUCACAUGGUGUCACAGCCAGCCCAUAAUCCUAUUCUCAGAAGAUGCCUUCCUCUCAUCUAUCUCAUCUCGGGAUCCCGAGUUGAUUCUCUCACUUGAAGCGCUCGCACUGCGUUUUCCUCCCGGUUCGUUGACCCCUCAGAUCGAGGAGAAACUCCAGAAUAAGGCCAAGUCAGCGAGACGUAUGGUAAUGGAGCGCGUUUUGGAAGGGAACGUCGAGCUCUCGACAUUACAAUCACUUUGCCUCCUCAGCAUGUUUGACUUUGCCUCUGGGAACGUCACGCAGUCAGGCCUCAACUUAAGCAUCGCCAGCCACUUGGCUCACAGCAUCCCGCCCUCCGCGAACCCUCGAAACGCCCACGAGAGAAAGCUCUGCUUCAAAAGCAUCGUCGCCCUCCAGAACCUCCAGGGCUGCAUCGCCCCCGCCAUAAACCCCCUCCAACCUCUUCCCGGCUCCCACAACCCGAACCUGGCCUUCAACGUACUAUCCUCCUGCAUCACCUCCGACUUCUCCCUCAAGCACCUCGAAGAACCGCUCGACAAGACCAUCUCGACCCUCGCGAUCAACUUCGGCGUCACCUGGCGCAUAGCCCGCACCUACGCCGCCAGCCGCAUCGGGCCCGACGCCCCGCCCCCCUGGGACUCGCGGUCCGACUACUCCAUGGUCAUGCAGAGCCAUCACGAGAUCGACUGCCGCUCGUCCGUGAAGUACCGCUUCGCGAACAACAGGAUAGGCGACUUCACCCCGGAGGCGAUCCAGGAGCGGCGGCACUGGUGGAUGCCGUUCCUCUUCAUCCAGCUCGUCCACGAGACGAUACCGUGCCUGGUCAACCAUCCCUUCCUCCUGUCGAUGAGGUUGCGGAACUUCCGGCACACGAUCCCGAUUCAUUUCAUGCGCCAGUCGUUCGAGGCUAUUAACCGGAACGCGGGGUGGGUGAUUUACUUCAUCGACGUGGUGGAGAAGAAGGGCGUUCAGGUCUCGGAUCCGAUUCUGGCGCAUUGCGUUGUCAUAGUCGCGACUAUCCACCUGCAGCACAGCUUUGUGCAGGAUUCGGUGCUUCGGGGGAAGGCUCAGUCGGGGUUCGAGAAGUGUAUGGGGUUCUUGAGGAGGAUGGGACUGAUCUGGCCGUGUGUUGCCAACAUGGCGAAUAACUUGAUGAGACUUCAAGACAGCAUCGUCAUGAAGCCAUCGCCGAACCAAGAAGACGGUGCCUCUCAAAACCUAUCGUUCUCGAUCAACACCCGGCUGCUAUGGGAUCUUCUCAUCUACGACAGGGCGGUCAGGCCCGAUGCCGGAUGGGAUCAGUCCAUGUUCGGUCCGUCACUGAAGUCUGACCCCACGGAGCUAUCGGCCGAAGAUCGAGCGGCGGAGUUUGAUCUCGUGGGGUCCACGGGGAUCUCACGCCACAAGGCGAUGCCGAACGAGGCCGGGGUCUGGCCUCCCAACGAGGAAGCGGCUCCUACCAAUCUGCCUGACCAUCUACCUCAUGAGCCUUUAGUAGGCGAUAUUGCGGGCGGACCGUCGUUUGAGGACAUCUUUUUCGAGGGUGUAGGGCCGUUUGGAGACCAGGCGAAUAGGUUCUUCGACGGGAAUGACUACGGGCGGGCCAUUGAUGACUGGUUGAAUCUGGGAACAUAG